ACUUGCAUUUCUUUUCUUGCAAAACUUCUGCGAGAAGCUUCACCGUGUGUUCUUUGUGCGUGAACUGCAGCAUCAACUGAGGAAUUCUAAAUCAAGUCUUUCGAAACCAAAAUCAGGUAAUGUAGACGGAACUCUGAUUUUAAGUUAAUCGAAGCGUCUUUCUCCUUUCUCCCUUUCUGUGAUUGAUUUAAAGUCCUCUGAAGGACGUUAGGGUUAGAGAUGAGAAGGGUUUUGAAUGUGUAAUGAAAGGGGGUUUUUUUUUUUUUUUUUAUGGGUCCUGACUUCCUUCCUCCCCCCUACUUCGUGCAGAGUUUGAGAAAAUGUCUUCAAAAAGGACAGGAAGUGUAGUAGGGAGUGAGGUGGAGCCUCUGGACUAUGGGAGCAUGGACUCAGAGAGUAGUCCGUCUCUAUCUAGUUCGGAGGAGACGGUCGAAGGGGUGAGAGGGGAUGAGAUGGUGGAGGUUGGGGGAGAUGAGGGGGUAGAGGUUAGGGAAAAUGAGGUGGUAGGGGUGGGGGGAGAUAACAUACCUAUCACCGUAGUAGAAGUAGAGGGUAGAGGAGUGGGAGGGUAUGAUGUGAACGCGGAGAUAGUGGAGGAGGUGAAGCAGUAUAGGUCUGAGCUAAGGACCAGGGAUAGCCUGGGUCACUUGGUAGAGAAUUACGAGAUUUCAUCUCGAGUGUUAGUUAGGCCAGCUGGGGUAGAGGAGAGGGCGUGCUCUGCUCCUCGGGAUCAUUGGAUGCCCGUGUACUCCCAUUAUUUGUAUGCUGGGCUUAAAUUUCCAAUUCCCGAGUUGCUAGUAGGGGGAAGUAGGAGGGAUAAGGGGUGGUAUUAUUUCACCCCUAGGGUAGAUAAGAAGGAGAGUAGGAUUUUAUUUACUUCAGGUCCUUCAUCCAUUAAAGGAUGGAAGGAAAAAUUCUUUUUUGUAGAUGAUGCGGAGUGGGGGAAGGGGGAUGCUGAGGUGAGGGCGUUAGCUUCCUGGAAAGCCAAAAGGGCCAACCAGAAUAGGUUUAACUUAAAUGGGGAUGAGGAGGAGGAAGUGAGGAAGUUGGUGAGGAAGAGGGGGGAGGAAUUGAAUAUCAUGGACCUCACCAGCGCAGCAUGCAUAGAAGCUGCUGAGCUCUAUGGGCCAAGCGCUUUAAGUGAAGCUGAUAUGGAUCAAUUUUUGAGCACUGCUGGAGGGAAGGCUAUCCCCAAGAAGCCAAGGAAGAAGUCAAGGACUUCAACCAAACAAGUGGAUGAAGGGAGGACUGAGAAGGAGAAGGAGGUGGUGCCCUUAGCGUCAGUUGGGACGGAGGAGGAGCCUCCUCCUGUUGAGCUGGACCUCGAGCUCAGACGGUUGGAGGAGGGGGCUGAGGUACGGGCUCCUGGGAAGGGGAAAGGCCCUGUUUCCCCUGCGGUGUCUCAGAGCAGCCUGUUCGAGGCGAAGAACGUAAUGGGGGCUAGGUGGUUUAUCAAUAGCACCUUCCUCGAAGUGGACAAGCGCAACGCGCGGGAGGAAGCUCUGAGGUACGGGGGAGCAUCUGUUGUGAAGCACGUCCUUGAGAGCGCGAGCUUGGUGAAUGGUCUAACCCAAGAGUUCAAGGAGAGUGUCAAGGAGCGCGUACUCUUGCAGAGGCAGUGUGACCAGCUGCGGAAGGAGAAGGAGGAUCUAGAGAAGAAAAAUAAAGAUCUGCAAGAGUCGUUGGACGAGGUGGUUCCAACUGUGAAGCAGUUGGAACAGGAGAGGUCUUCCCUGAGCAUCAAGCUCGGCUUUGAAGAGAGCAAACGAAAGAUCUCUGAAAGCGAGCGUGAGGCUCAGGCGCAAGAGCUGAAGCUGACGAAGGAGGCUUUCCUGGAGCUGAAGGGGAACGUGCAGACCUUGGUGCACAAUGGGAUGAAGGAGCACAUCAGCAACUUCAUCAGCUCUAGCUCGUUUGACAACAUCGUCAACCUAUACCGAUUGCCUACUGCUAUCAUCGCAUUCACGGACUGCAGAAAGAAGGUGAAGGAUGCAUAUCCCGAAGUGGAUGUGACAAAGGUCACCUUCGACGAGCAAGAAGAAGGAGUGGAGGAAGAUGGGGAGAGCAUGUCAGCAGACUUCCGUCCUCAGAUCAAAUUGAGGUGGGAGGAUGAUGCAAACGGACGUGCUGUUUUCCCUCCACAGUUCGACUUCGAGUUCGUGGCAGUGGAGGAUGAAGGGGCAGAGGUAGAGGGAGACGAGAUGGAGGCAAGAGUGGAGGAAGCUGAAGUGGGUGAGAGCCAACCCGCUCCAGAAGUGGAGAUUCAUCCAGUUCCCUCCGAUGAUGAGCAGCCCCCUCUGCCAGACGAGCAGCAGCCAAGACAGCCACCUCUGCCAACCGAAGAGGAGCCAGUGGAGCCACCUCCUCCAGCGGAGAACUAAUUUUGAUUUGUUGUUUUUAAUUUUUUGUAGAACAUUUAAACAGUUUGUAACACUUUUAUUAUGUUUAAUGAAAUUAUAUAUUUGUUUAUGUUUGGUUUAUAUUUUUGUUAUGUUUUAUGAAUGAAAGAACUGAGAGUAC